AUGUAUAGCCAUGUAUUACCAUGUAUAGUCAUGUAUUACCAUGUAUUGCCAUGUAUAGCCAUGUAUAGCCAUGUAUACCCAUGUAAUGCCAUGUAUUACCAUGUAUUGCCAUGCAUAGCCAUGUAUUGCCAUGUAUCACCACGUAUAGCCAUGUAUAGCCAUGAAUACCCAUGUACAGCCAUGUAUUGCCAUGUAUUACCAUGUAUUGUUAUGUAUUACCAUGUAUCGCCAUGUAUUUUUUACCAUGUAUUGCCAUGUAUCACCAUGUAUAGCCAUGUAUUGCCAUGUAUAGCCAUGUAUAGCCAUGUAUACCUAUUUAAGGCCAUGUAUUACCAUGUAUAGCCAUGUAUUGCCAUGUAUUACCACGUAUUGCUAUGCAUUACCAUGUAUCGCCAUGUGUUACCAUGUAUAGCCAUGUAAAGCUUGUAUUGCCAUGUACAGCCAUGUAUUACCAUGUAUUACUAUGUAUUACCAUGUAUCGCCAUGCAUUACCAUGUAUAGCCAUGUAUAGCCAUGUAAUGCCAUAUAUUGCCAUGUAUUGCCACGUAUUACCAUGUAUAGCCAUGUAUUGCCAUGUAUACCCAUGUAUACCCAUGUAAUGCCAUGUAUUGCCAUGUAUUACCAUGUAUAGCCAUGUAUUGCCAUGUAUAGCCAUGUAUACCCAUGUAUACCCAUGUAAUGCCAUGUAUUACCAUGUAUUACCAUGUAUAGCCAUGUAUUGCCAUGUAUUACCAUGUAUAGCCAUGUAUUACCAUGUAUACCAAUGUAUUGCCAUGUAUUACCAAGUAUUAUUAUAAAAAAAAUAAAAUAAAAUAAAAAUAAAAAAGCACUUUAUUUGAGUGUCAAUGUAUUUAGCACGAAAGUACUAAUUGGGGACACUAUGUUUUACGUCUCCAACUGGAGACGGGACUGCCAUUUUACGUGGUCAUCCGAGCCACGCGAAGGUCUAGCCUGUUGCAGUGCAAAGGGAGUACCUUCAUUUCUCGGUUAUUUUAAGACCCUGAGUAUUGGUCCGGCCUCAGGAAUCGAACCCGCGACCUCCCGCUCUGCAGUCAACACGCUCUACCGACUGAGCUAACACUGCCGCGGUACAAUGUAUAAUAUAAUAUAUUAAUAUAUAUUACCAUGUAUUGCCAUGUAUUGCCAUGUAUACCCAUGUAUACCCAUGUAUAGCCAUGUAUUGCCAUGUACUACCAUGUAUUGCUAUGUAUUACCAUAUAUCACCAUGUAUUACCAUGUAUAGCCAUGUAUAGCCAUGUAUACCCAUGUAAUGCCAUAUAUUGCCAUGUAUUACCAUGUAGAGCCAUGUAUAGCCAUGUAAACCAAUGUUAUGCCAUGUAUUGUUAUGUAUUACCAUGUAUAGCCAUGUAUAGCCAUGUAUACCCAUGUAUACCCAUGUAAUGCCAUGUAUUGCCAUGUAUUACCAUGUAUAGCCAUGUAUUACCAUGUAUACCAAUGUAUUGCCAUGUAUUACCAAGUAUUAUUAUAAAAAAAAUAAAAUAAAAUAAAAAUAAAAAAGCACUUUAUUUGAGUGUCAAUGUAUUUAGCACGAAAGUACUAAUUGGGGACACUAUGUUUUACGUCUCCAACUGGAGACGGGACUGCCAUUUUACGUGGUCAUCCGAGCCACGCGAAGGUCUAGCCUGUUGCAGUGCAAAGGGAGUACCUUCAUUUCUCGGUUAUUUUAAGACCCUGAGUAUUGGUCCGGCCUCAGGAAUCGAACCCGCGACCUCCCGCUCUGCAGUCAACACGCUCUACCGACUGAGCUAACACUGCCGCGGUACAAUAUAUAAUAUAAUAUAUUAAUAUAUAUUACCAUGUAUUGCCAUGUAUUGCCAUGUAUACCCAUGUAUACCCAUGUAUAGCCAUGUAUUGCCAUGUACUACCAUGUAUUGCUAUGUAUUACCAUAUAUCACCAUGUAUUACCAUGUAUAGCCAUGUAUAGCCAUGUAUACCCAUGUAAUGCCAUAUAUUGCCAUGUAUUACCAUGUAGAGCCAUGUAUAGCCAUGUAAACCAAUGUUAUGCCAUGUAUUGUUAUGUAUUACCAUGUAUAGCCAUGUAUAGCCAUGUAUACCCAUGUAUACCCAUGUAAUGCCAUGUAUUGCCAUGUAUUACCAUGUAUAGUCAUGUAUUGCCAUGUAUUUCUAUGUAUAGCCAUGUAUAACCAUAUAUACCCAUGUAUUGCCAUGUAUUACCAUGUAUUACUAUGUAUUACCAGGUAUCGCCAUAUAUUACCAUGCAUACCCAUGUAUAGCCAUGUAUUGCCAUGUAUUACCAUGUAUUGCCAUGUAUUACCAUGUAUCGCCAUGUAUAGCGAUGAAUAGCCAUGUAAUGCCAUGUAUAGUCAUGUAUAGCCAUGUGUUAGCAUGUAUAGCCAUGUAUUGCCAUGUACGGCCAUGUAUUACCAUGUAUUGCCAUGUAUUGCCAUGUAUCACCAUGUAUACCAUGUAUUGCCAUGUAUAGCCAUGUAUUAACAUGCAUAGCCAUGUAUAGCCAUGUAUAGCUAUGUAGAGCCAUGUAAUGAUAUGUAUAGCCAUGUAUUACCAUGUAUUUCCAUGUAUUUGCAUGUAUUCCCGUGUAUAGCUAGGUAUUGCCAUGUAUUGCUGUGUAUAGCCAUGUAUGACCAUUUAUCGCCAUGUAUUAACAUGUAUUGCCAUGUAUUAUCAUGAGUUACCAUGUAUUACUAUGUAUUACCAUCUUUAGCCAUGUAUUACCAUAUAUAGCCAUGUAUUACCAUGUAUAGCCAUGUAUUGCCAUGUACAGUCAUGUAUUACCAUGUAUUGCCAUGUAUCACCAUGUAUAGCCAUGUAUUGCCAUGUAUAGCCAUGUAUAGCCAUGUAUUGCCAUGUAUAGCCAUGUAUAGCCAUGUAUACUCAUGUAAUGCCAUCUAUUACCAUGUAUUGCCAUGCAUAGCCAUGUAUUGCCAUGUAUUACCACGUAUAGCCAUGUAUAGCCAUGAAUACCCAUGUACAGCCAUGUAUUGCCAUGUAUUACCAUGUAUUGUUAUGUAUUACCAUGUAUCGCCAUGUAUUUUUUACCAUGUAUUGCCAUGUAUCACCAUGUAUAGCCAUGUAUUGCCAUGUAUAGCCAUGUAUAGCCAUGUAUACCCAUUUAAGGCCAUGUAUUACCAUGUAUAG